GGGGAAAUAAACCAUAUUUUGCCAGUAUGGGAGCUGGGGCUAGCAGCGAGGAGAAGCAUUCCAGAGAGCUGGAGAAAAAGCUUAAAGCAGAUGCUGAUGCAGAUGCCAGGACCGUCAAGCUGUUGCUGCUUGGUGCUGGUGAAUCUGGGAAAAGCACCAUUGUCAAGCAGAUGAAAAUUAUCCAUCAAGAUGGUUAUUCAAAGGAAGAAUGCUUGGAGUUUAUUGUCAUUAUCUACAGCAACACCUUGCAGUCUAUGAUGGCCAUUGUGAAAGCCAUGACUACCUUAAGCAUUGGGUAUGGAGACCCUGCCAGACAGGACGAUGCUCGUAAGCUGCUGCACUUGGCAGAUACCAUCGAUGAAGGAACCAUGCCUAAGGAGAUGUCUGACAUAAUCUCCCGUCUAUGGAAGGACUCAGGCAUCCAGGCCUGUUUCGAAAGAGCUUCUGAAUACCAGCUCAAUGACUCUGCUGGAUAUUACCUGAAUGAAAUGGACAGGCUGGUGGCCCCGGGCUACCUCCCCACUGAGCAGGACGUCCUGAGAUCAAGAGUAAAGACCACUGGUAUCAUCGAGACCCAAUUCGGUCUGAAAGACCUAAACUUCAGGAUGUUUGAUGUGGGUGGUCAGCGUUCCGAAAGAAAGAAGUGGAUCCAUUGCUUUGAGGGGGUCACCUGUAUCAUUUUCAUUGCUGCCCUCAGCGCUUACGACAUGGUGCUGGUGGAGGAUGAUGAAGUGAACCGCAUGCACGAGAGUCUUCACCUGUUCAACAGUAUUUGCAACCACCGUUACUUCGCUACCACCUCCAUCGUACUCUUCCUCAACAAGAAAGAUGUCUUCACAGAAAAGAUCAAGAAGGCUCAUCUCAGCAUGUGCUUCCCUGAUUAUGAUGGCCCAAACACCUAUGAAGAUGCUGGUAAUUACAUCAAGUUGCAGUUCCUGGAGCUUAACCUGCGACGAGACAUCAAAGAAGUCUAUUCCCACAUGACCUGCGCCACAGACACGGAGAACGUCAAGUUUGUGUUUGACGCCGUCACCGACAUUAUCAUCAAAGAAAACCUGAAAGACUGUGGUCUCUUCUAAAGCUCUGAGCCAGCCAAGAACCACAACGUGAAUGGUAUGCAACACCUCUUCCCCAUCCACUGCAUGAAAUAAGUUCCAAGCAGCCUCAGGUUUUAAGAGAACCCAAAGCAGAAGGAUCUACAGCUAUAAUGAUGAAUCUCAAUCGGAUACACAGGCACCUGGCUGAAAAUGAAAAUAUAUUUUAGUUUGGAAUUCUGGCAUUUACCACUGUAUCGUCUCAGUAUAUACUCCUUGUAAACUCUUGUAGAUGACAGAUGCACUGUACAGUAUGUGGGGUGUGACAGCACAGGUGCAGCAUUAAAAAGAUACAUUUCUCAUUAGUCUGACUAAUGAAUUUACACCGCAGAGAAAGCUCCACAGAGCAUUCAAUAAGUUUAACAAUGCAGCAGACGGCUACAUUUAAAUGUAUAUUGGUGGUAAUUUAGUUUAAAUGUGAAACUGGUAGCCAUUUCAUUUAAAACUGGUUUUAAAAUGUUCAGCUCUACCUGUGCAAGCAGUUGUUUUAAACUAAAGAGAUGAUAUAACAAAAUAUAAAAUGUGUACAAAUUAUAUUGCAUGAUAUUAUGGAGCAAAUGUAGUUUUGAAAAUAUAAAGUGGAGCUGUAUUAGAGGUAAAUGAAUACAAUGUAUAUACUGUGCAGUUAAACUGGCUGAAAAACAGUUAAAUGCAUAUAAGUUAUAUUACUGUACUUAAGGCGGGUUACAGCUUUACCAGUCAAAACUCAUUCUACAGUUAUGAUGACAGUUUUAAAUAGCUUGGAACUAUGUAUAUUGAAAUGGUGUAAAUCUAUUCAUUAACACCAAAUAAAAAGUCCCGCUACCUUUGAUCAUGUCUUUUGUGUUGACAGAUUGAGACAAAUAUAUUUUAUUGAAGACAUGCUUGUUUAUUAUUAUUUUUGGUCCUGUUCACUUUCAGCGAUUGCAGCCACAUAUGUUUUAUUUCGUAAACCUGAUAUGAUGGUAACCUGUACUUGGCACCAAAUGAAAUAAAUCUGAAUAAGAAAAAAAGUGAAUAAAACAUGUUUUGAAAACAGCA